AUGGCCGAAAAUCCAAAUUAUCAUGAAGGGGCUUCGAUUCAUGGUCGCCAUCCUCUUCAUUUGAUUGAAAAGAUUAUUCGUGAAAGAAUCCAAAAUUCACUGUAUUGGAAGGAGAAAUGCUACGGUUUAUCAGCUGCGACGCUAAUGGACAGAGCUUUUGAACUCGAAUACAUUGGCGGCAUGUACGGCAACCAUCAACCCACAGAAUUUCUCUGCUUGACCUUGAAGCUGUUGACAUUACUACCAGAAAAAGACAUUAUCAUCGAGUUGAUCAAACAAGAAGAUGUCAAAUAUUUGCGUGCACUGGGUGCAUUUUAUUUGCGAUUGACUGGAAAAUCAAAAGAAAUAUACCAAUAUCUGGAACCACUACUGAACGAUUACAGAAAACUACGUGUGCGUGCAGGCGAUGGCUACAGUCUAACGCACAUGGACAGCUUUAUAGACGAUCUUUUACACAAGGACCGUGUAUGCGACAUCAUUUUACCUCGACUCACCAGCCGAUAUGUGUUGGAACAGAACGAUGAAUUAGAGCCUAGAGAGAGUUUCUUGGAGGACGAGCUGGAUGAUGAAUAA